AUGCUCCUGACCCACAUCGGUGGGCUGGGCAUUACUGUAAACAACAAGAAGAGUCGUCUGAUGCCUACCCAGAGGGUGGCAUUAAUUGGAAUGGAACUGGACUCAGUCCUCAUGAGAGCACGCCUGCCCACCAGAAGGGUUCAGGCAAUCUUAUCUUGCCUCGACCGCUUUCAGCAGGGGCGGGUGGUUUCUGCCCUAAUCUGCCGACACCUGCUGGGCUUGCAGAUGGCGGGACUCGUUGUUUUGAGUCCCCUGGGCCUGCUCCAUCUCCGGCCUCUUCAACGGUGGUUCAACUCCCACCGGCUGCACCCGAACCGCCACCGUCACCGCCAGCUGCGGGUGACCGCACAGUGCCUCAGGGCAUUGUUGAGGUGUGCUGUCACUCCUUUCUCUCAGGUGGGUGGAGAUGAUGAGGAUGUGCUGCUGGGAGCUUGUCAGCACGGCUGGGGGGAUGUGACCAAGGGCAGAUCGGCCAACGGCUGUUGGCUACCCCCUUGGAGCGGCAGGCACAUCAAUACACUAGAGCUCCGAGCUGUACUGCUGGCCCUGCAGUCUUUCCUUCCACAUCUGAAAGAAAGACAUGUCCUGGUGAGAACGGACAAUACCACAGUGGUGGCUUACAUCAACCAUCAGGGUGGACUAAGGUCCCACCGCCUCCACCUUAUGGCACGAGAGCUACUUCUUUGGGCUCAGGGAUGUCUAGCAUUUCUAUGCGACCACGUACCUGGCAUCCUGAAUGUGGCAGUGGAUAUGCUCUCGAGGGAGGGCCCGCCACCUUGGAACUGGAAUCUACAUCCCCAGGUGGUGCAGCACCUGUGGGAUAAGUUCAGAAGGGCACAAGUGGACUCCCUGGACAAUGCACACUGCGCCCUGUGGUACUCCAUCUCGGAGCCACCAGGGCCUCUGGGCUUGGAUGCUCUGGCUCACGAUUGGCGGGGCUGGAGCUUUACACAUUCCCUCUUUUCCCCUGAUCCAUGCUGUGCUGGACAGGACCAUGAUGGCAGAGCAUAA